AUGGACGUGAUGAACUUGCUAUUGUCGGGCCGGUUUGACUGCUUCUGCCUUGUCUCUAGAGAUACCGCUCGCAUUCGCGAGUCUGGGCUAACUGCAUACGAAUUCGGGGAGCGUAAGACGCUGAAGCGCUUCGUUGCCGCCUGCGAUAACUUUAUCUACACCGAAAACCUGAUGUACCACGAGGAGUUUGUAGCACAAGCCGAUAGAGUUGUCAUAUCCCAAACACAUGCUCUAUCCCAGCAGGUUCAGGGAGAUGACCACUUGGCAAGGCAGCUGCGAACGACGGUGGAGACCUCCUCCGACGAGGGGGCAAGUGUGUCAUCCAAUGAAUGA